AUGUUUACAGCUCUGGGCUACUUGACAGCACUUGCUGCAUUGUCAAAUGUAGCAGGGGCGACAUGGAAUCGCAACGAUUAUCUGCAUAGCCCUACAGCCGAUAAGAUCCCCAAUCCCAACGCAACGGGACUGAAAUGGGAGCACGCAUUUGACAAAGCAACCUCUUUCGUAUCCCAGCUCACCCUCGAAGAGAAGGUUGGCUUGGUAUCCGGCACCGAAGGCCCUUGCGUGGGCAACAUCGCACCUAUCCCGCGUUUGAACUUCACCGGAUUGUGCAUCCAGAAUGGACCAAUGGCCUUUCAGCAAGCUAGUUAUGCCUCGGUCUUUCCAGCUGGUGUGACGAUCGCCGCGACAUGGGACAAGCGCAUUGCCUACGAGCGAGGAAGCCAGCUAGCGGAGGAAUUCCGUGGCAAGGGAUCUCAGGUUCUCCUGGGACCCGUUGCCGGUCCACUUGGCCGUUCGGCGCUUGCUGGCUAA